CUGCCCUUGACUGACCCACGUGAGAUGCUCCAGUCUCAUAAUCUCGGUGAUAUUUGGGGAACUUUUUAUUGAAAGUCUGUCGUUGCGUCAAGAAACUAUUGUGGCCUUGUGUAUAGUAGCGCAUGCUAACAUGUCCGUAGCCGGUAAAUCAAUGUUGUUUUUGUUACGUCGGUGUUUGGGACCGGCGUCAGCGAUCAGAACCAGAACCCUGUCUGUUUACUCUGGGUUCCUGCAGCCACCGUCAUGGACCUCAGCAACCCAGUCUACGUGUGCGCAGAGCCUCUGGCGGACCUGGUCAGCCCUCAGAAGCAGCCGGCACCAGCUCUGCACCAAGGCGCCUCACGAAGAAGAAUACCCGCCGCUGCCGGCGUACGAGUCCGACCCAGAGCCGGCGAAGAAAGACAUCUACAUCAUCCAGGUCAAAGGUCUCCCGUGGUCAUGCACCACUGAGGACCUGCUGAAGUUCUUCUCUGAUUGUCGAAUUCGUGACGGCGAGUCGGGGAUCCACUUGACAUUGGAUCGACAGGGCCGGCCUUCGGGUCGAGCCUUCAUUGAGAUGGAGCACGAAGAAGACGUCCGGAAAGCCCUGGAGAAGCACCGGCAGUACCUGGGCCCCCGAUAUGUGGAAGUGUUUGAGCUGACCAACAGUGAGGCAGAAGACAUCCUGCGAAAGUCCAUCCAGACUCCCGCUGACACCCGAGUGGUCCGCCUCCGAGGGCUCCCCUUCUCCUCCACCGAGGAGGACAUCGCCCACUUCUUCAGAGGUUUGCACAUCAACCAGAAGGGCAUCACCAUCGUCCGCGACAGGAGAGGACGGAAUUCGGGCGAAGCCUUUGUCUGGUUCUCCACCCAGGAGGACGCAGACGUGGCGCUGCAGCGGGACAGAGACGCCAUCGGGAACAGAUACAUCGAGGUGUUUCCUAGCAACAGUGCUGAGAUUCGCUCGGGCUGGAGGAACGCUGCGCAGGUCAAGUCAAGAGAGACAAAGCCUUUCACACCAAGCAGCUUCAGAAGCGAGCCUCUGCCGCAGCAUUACAUCCACAUGAGAGGUCUGCCGUUCCAGGUGUCCGGAGAAGACAUCGUGAAGUUUUUCCAUCCGUUAGUUUUGUCCAAAAUCUUGAUUGAAUAUGGAGGAGACGGGAGGCCGAGCGGAGAAGCCGACGUGUACUUCAGCAGCCACCAGGAGGCCGUGGACGGCAUGUCCAGAGACCGACAGAACAUCAGAGACCGAUACAUCGAGCUGUUCCUCAACUCUGAAGUGGACACCACCACAAGAUGAAACAGGACUGGUGUAUUUAUUUUCAAACCCGGGCAUGUCAACUAAUAAACAUUCCUGGGGCGAACAACGA